GGGGGUGGAGAGGAGGAGCAGAGCUAGAAUGAUAGAGAGAAUGACUUCAGCCGUAGACAGUGCUGAUUUCACUGUGGUAAAGUGUAAACAUGACCAGUGACGCUACAGCGAUGGACAAGAGGAGUGACACAAGCUUCUCUAGGAAAAGAAGUUCGACUUUUGGAGCCUAUGGGAGCAUGGACAGAUCAUGUGAGGAUCAGUCAAGUUUUACCUUUCGUCUUUACAGACCUGAGUCUAUGGGAGCCACUUUAAUGGACAUUCUCGACUCUCCCUCCAUCGAGCCCACACCUGUCCUCAGCUCCAGCAGCAAUCAGAAGGAGUCGGAGUUGUUUGAAUUCAUCGCGAAGCUGCAGGGCAGCAGGAUCGAUGAACAGAGGUGCCACUUCCCCCUCCCACUCAAGUCUCAGCUCCUAACAUUAGGUAGAGAACUGCCCCUGAUUCUGCCCUCCAAGGCAGGUGGCUUCUGGAUCGACCCUCCAUCAGAGAGGCAGAGUGACCUGAGCCCCACCUCCUCCACCCACGGAGCGGAUCAGGAGAGCUACGACAUCCUGGAGAGAGACGGAGAGGCCAAAAUCUACCAUGACGUGUUUCGAUCAAGAUAUCAUCACUCGUUCACGGCAGUAGAUCCGUGCCUGGGGUCACUGGUGCUGUCUGUUUGUUUAGAAGAGGACGAGAACAGAAUUAGAGUAAUAUUACGGAUGAAGGAGUGCUCGCUGCAUGGAGUUUUCUCUCUGUCACUGUUCCCAAACAUCCCGUCCACAGUUGAAUUAGCAAAGAUGCUUUGUGAUAAAGUGACUGUGCCAAAGUUUGAUGCCGUCUGUUACCUCAAGGCCCCAGAUUUAAUUCAGACAUUUGAUGAACAUCGAGUGUCUCCUAAUUUUAAAUUUGGUGUUUUGUAUCAAAAAGAUAAACAGUUAACGGAAGAGGAAAUACUCAGUAACAAUGAAGAAAGUGAUGAAUUUAAAGAGUUUCUGUCAAUUUUGGGUGAGACGAUCCAGCUCCAAGGUUUCACUGGAUUCAGAGGAGGCCUGGACGUGUGUCACGGCCAAACAGGAAGUGAAGCUGUCUACACGUCGUUUCAUGGCAGAGAAAUCAUGUUCCAUGUCACCACCAAGCUGCCGUUCACCGACUGUGACCCUCAACAGCUGCAGAGAAAAAGACACAUUGGCAAUGACAUCGUGGCACUGGUUUAUCAGGAGGGACACACCCCGUUUCUCCCAGAUGUGAUCAAGUCCCAUUUCUUACACAGUUUUUUGGUGGUCCGGAGGCUCGCCAAUAGUGAUGAAGGGAGUGGGUAUGCGUAUCAGGUUUCAGUCACGGCCCGAGACGAUGUUCCUAACUUUUGCCCUGUACUUCCAGACCCUCCAGUAUUCAGAGAUCGCUCACUCUUGAGGGAAUUUCUUCUCACCAAACUCAUCAAUGCUGAAAUAUCGUGCUACAAAGCAGAGCAGUUUAGCAAACUAGAGCUGCGCACAAGGUCAUCGCUGCUUGAGACACUCCGCACUGAGCUCUUCACACGAUCGCAAUGCAUGAUGGGAGAUCCGACUCUGUCUGCCCAGCUCUCUCAGACAGAAGGCAUCAGGACGGCCUCUGAGGGGACUGGAGGCUUCAUAGAGAAUUUUAAGAGAGCCAUCCGAGUAAGGAGCCAUUCAUUUGAAACUCUUGGGGUACCUCGAAAAACUGGCACGUCUUCACAAAAACACAAGACAGAGAAGGACUCAGAAAGUGACAGAUCUUCAGCAUCUCUCUCCACAAAUUCAGACGGAGUGGGACCAGAAAUCAAAGACCACCCAAGUCCUCAAGAAGAAACAUAAAACACUGUUCAUAACACUGUUUGAUAUGAUGCUUUGUUGAACAGUAGCUGCUGUAGUCGUUAUAUUAUUGAUCCUGUGGACGUCCUGUUUGUAAAUAGGUGUAAAAGUAAAAUUGUAUAGUAUUUUAUUGACAUAGAUGCAGAAGAUAUAAUUUAAGUUUUUUUAAUAGUUUCCAGUAAAGUGUGAGGCUAAUAAAAUGUGUGGAGAAACGUG